AUGCAUAAUGAAUAUUUCGUGCAAGUCGACGAAGUAUCAUUGCGCAGCGUCGUGUACAAGGAGCUGCCGUCGGCCGAAGCCAACCUCUACGUCCGUGGGCACAUCAACCUGGUGAACGCCGACUGGCAUCGCGCGUCUGUAGGAUUACCACGAAGAGAAUAUAUGUGUCAUCGAAGAACACUUCAGCUUCCCAGCCUUCGAGGGAUGCACCGGGGAGAACGUCGGCUGGAUGAGGCUGGUAGCGAGUGA